GGCUCGGCGCCGUCACACCUCGCUCGCACAAAGACAGGACAGGGUCUCUCUCUCUCUCUCUACUCCGCUCUGUAGCACUCGCCAUUUUCCGAAAUCUGUUAGAGAGAGAGAGAGGGGGAGCUAGGUUUUCCCUGCGCUCGGGCGAUCCAGCAGGAGCGGCCACCAUGAACAUCUUCAGGAAGAAGGUCGACCCCAAAGAGGCUCUCAGGACGAGCAAGCGAGAGAUGUCAGUCGCCACAAGAGGAGUUGAGCGAGAGAUUGGCUCCCUGCAAAUGGAGGAGAAGAAGCUGGUUGCUGAGAUCAAGAAGACUGCCAAGACUGGAAAUGAGGCUGCAACCAAAAUUCUAGCCCGGCAACUAGUCAGGCUUAGGCAACAAAUCGUCAAUUUACAAGGUACACGAGCGCAGAUACGCGGAGUAGCUACUCACACACAGGCAAUGUAUGCUGGAACUUCAAUAUCUGCUGGAAUGAAAGGCGCAAGCAAAGCGAUGGCAGCAAUGAAUAAGCAAAUGGAACCAACGAAGCAGAUGAAGCAGAUGAGAGAAUUCCAGAAGCAAUCAUCUCAAUUGGACAUGACGCUUGAGAUGAUGUCUGAUGCCAUCGAUGAAACACUAGAUAAGGAUGAGGCUGAAGAGGAAACAGAAGAGCUCACGAACCAGGUUCUGGAUGAGAUUGGUGUUGAUGUGGCUUCUCAGCUGUCUUCUGCACCUAAAGGCCGUAUUGGAGCCAGUACCAAGAAAGCCGAGAACAACCAAGCACGGAAUGCGGCUCCAGCGAAAAACGUGGCGCCUGAACCUAAUGCCGCUGAAGUUGAUGAUCUGGAAAGGAGAUUGGCAUCUCUCCGCCGCAUCUGAGCUGCUGCUGCUGCAAGAAAGUUUAUAUAGUGCCUUAUAUAUAUGUAAAUCUGUUUACUGGUGCCUUGUUUCCAAAUUCUGUUAGGUUAAUAUUGUAACCAGGAAACAAGCUUAGUACAUGUGAGACUUGAUUUAAUAGAACCUGAAUUUUCUGUUUGGUGCCA